AUGGAGCAGUCCUAUGUCCGCUCAGUUCCCGAGGUCCUCAAGCAUUUUGAUGUUUCUGAAUCCAGUGGACUUUCCUCUGAGCAAGUCACGGAAUCUCGAAAGCGCUAUGGAAGCAAUUCACUCCCAGAAGACCCUCCUACACCGUUAUGGCAACUCGUGCUUGAGCAAUUUAAAGAUCAGUUAGUUCUGAUUCUUCUUGCGUCUGCCGCAAUAUCCUUUGUGCUCGCAAUUUUCGAAGAAACCGAUGAUUGGACUGCGUUCGUCGAUCCCGUGGUGAUCCUCACUAUCCUUAUCCUGAACGCAAUCGUUGGUGUGACUCAAGAGAGCAGUGCUGAAAAGGCAAUCGCUGCCCUUCAAGAAUACUCAGCGAAUGAAGCAAAGGUCCUUAGAAAUGGAACGGUCCAGAAGAUCAAGGCUGAAGAGUUGGUCCCUGGCGAUAUCAUUACACUUGCUAUUGGCGAUCGAAUUCCAGCCGACUGUCGCCUGGUCUCUAUUCAGAGCAACAAUUUCGCCAUCGACCAGGCGAUUUUGACUGGUGAAAGUGAGAGCGUCAGUAAAGAAACCAGGCAAAUCACGGACGAGAAGGCGGUCAAACAAGAUCAGAUCAACAUCCUUUUUUCGGGCACUACAGUGGUGACUGGGCAUGCGGUUGCGGUUGUAGUUCUUACAGGAUCUUCUACUGCCAUUGGCGAUAUCCACGAUAGCAUCGUCUCGCAGAUCUCAGAGCCUACACCACUCAAGGAGAAGCUAAACAACUUUGGAGAUACCUUGGCCAAGGUCAUCACUGUGAUAUGUAUCUUGGUCUGGCUCAUCAACAUUCAGCACUUCAACGAUCCUUCCCAUGGAGGCAGCUGGGCUAAAGGUGCGAUUUACUAUCUGAAAAUCGCCGUCUCUCUCGGCGUUGCAGCCAUUCCGGAAGGCCUGGCCGUGGUCAUUACAACAUGUCUCGCACUCGGGACAAGGAGGAUGGCUGCCAAAAACGCAAUUGUCCGAAGUCUGCCAUCCGUCGAAACCUUGGGAAGUUGCAGUGUCAUCUGCUCCGACAAGACUGGUACUCUUACAACCAAUCAAAUGAGUGUGGAGAAAAUUGUCUACCUGAACGAAGCUGGCAAUGGUCUCGAGGAAAUCCAAGUUGAAGGCACAACUUUUUCGCCCAAUGGUGAUCUUCUACACCAUGGAAAGGCAUUGGAGAACCCCGCCGUUGUUUCUAGCACGUUAAUGCAAAUGUCUGAGGUCCUGGCUCUUUGUAAUGAGGCUCGUUUGGCUUUCGAUCCAAAGAACCACACUUUCUCUAGCAUUGGCGAGCCGACUGAAGGUGCCCUCCGCGUCCUUGUCGAGAAGAUCGGGACUGAUGAUAUUGCGACCAACAAUAAACGAUCUGGACUUGCCCUAGGCGAACGAACUCAUUAUGCGAGCAAAUAUUACGAGGAGAAGCUACCCUUCCAAGGAAUGUAUGAAUUCUCAAGAGAUCGGAAAAGCAUGUCGGUCCUGGCUGGCACGGGCGAGGAUCAGAAGUUGUUAGUCAAGGGUGCUCCUGAAUCAGUCCUCGAUCGGUGUUCGCAUGUUAUCCUUGGAGCAAACGGCAAAAAGGUUCCUAUCACUAGAAAACACACCUCUCAGAUUGCCGAGGAAGUGGUCGAAUAUGGUCGACGCGGUCUUCGAGUCCUGGCCAUUGCCAGCAUUGAAAAUGUGAGCGGGAAUAAACUUCUACACACAGCAAAGACGACCGAAGCAUAUGCUCAACUCGAGCAAAACAUGACACUUAUUGGCCUUGUUGGUAUGCUUGAUCCCCCGCGUCCAGAGGUUGCAGCUUCGAUCCGUAAAUGUAAGGAAGCUGGCAUCAGAGUUAUCGUCAUCACUGGAGACAAUCAAAACACCGCUGAAACCAUCUGCAAGCAGAUUGGUGUUUUUCAACCCGGCGAGAACCUCAAUGGCAAGUCAUUCACAGGCCGCCAGUUCGACUCGCUAAGUGAGAGCGAGAAAGUGGAAGCUGUGAAGAUGGCUUCUCUGUUUUCUCGAGUCGAACCGACUCACAAGUCCAAGUUGGUCGAUCUCCUGCAAGCGAGUGGUGAGGUCGUUGCCAUGACUGGCGACGGCGUGAAUGAUGCACCGGCACUGAAAAAGUCUGACAUUGGUAUCGCCAUGGGUAGUGGAACCGACGUUGCCAAACUUGCCGCUGACAUGGUUCUUGCCGAUGACAACUUUGCUACCAUCGAACUUGCCAUCGAAGAGGGCCGCACCAUCUACAGCAACACCCAACAAUUCAUCCGGUAUUUGAUCUCCUCCAACAUUGGAGAGGUCGUCUCCAUCUUCCUCACUGCAGCGUUAGGCUUGCCAGAAGCCCUCAUCCCAGUCCAGCUUCUUUGGGUAAACCUCGUGACCGAUGGAUUACCCGCCACGGCCUUGUCAUUUAAUCCAGCAGAUAAUGAUGUGAUGCGACGAAGUCCACGUAAACGCGACGAACCUUUGGUAUCCGGCUGGCUCUUCUUCCGAUAUAUGGUAGUUGGCACCUAUGUUGGCGCCGCCACAGUUUUUGGAUACGUGUGGUGGUUCAUGUUCUACGAGAGCGGCCCACAAAUCAGUUUCGCACAACUACGCAAUUUCCAUAAAUGCUCUCUGGUCAAUCCGCUCUACCUCAAUACUGACUGCAGCAUCUUCAGCUCUAGCUCUGUCGUGACGAGAACCGCAUCGACUAUGUCGCUUUCGAUAUUGGUCGUAAUCGAAAUGUUCAACGCCAUGAACGCCCUCAGUUCAUCGGAAUCACUCUUGUCAAUGCCAUUGUGGAAGAACAUGAAGCUAAUCUACGCGAUCAUGCUCUCCAUGGCGCUGCACUUCGCCAUUCUCUACGUACCGUUCCUGCAGACCUUGUUCAGCAUCGAGCCCUUGAACCUGAGAGAGUGGGCCGCUGUGGUCUACAUCUCAGCACCAGUUAUCGUGAUCGACGAGGCUCUGAAGUUCGUUGAGCGACUGGUCUUCUUGAACAAAGCGACAGUCAAAGAUGUGCCUACAUUUAAAGAUCAAGUGAAUGGUCAUGUGGCGAAUGGGAAAGUCAAGACCUAUUGA